GAUUCUGCUUGCCGGCCAAGAUCUGCCCGGGGACGAAGACAAGUUUUUAAAGAAAGAGGAGGAUUUGGGCUCUGGAGUCUCAGAUCGUUGUCACUGUCUCAUCAUCUAACAUGGACCUGAGGAGCUUAGCAGCACUGGAGUUCUCCUCAAACAGCAUAAUACACCCUUCUAUGCCAAGACCGCUACAGAAAUUUUAUAGAGGGAAGCCGAUGGCCCUGGGGAUAAUACAGAUACUUAUUGGCAUCCUGGAAAUAGCUUUGGGGCUUGCGGCAGUCUUGGCAAAAGAUCCCAUUAAUUAUUUCUUUCACUUCACGACUCCAUAUUGGAUGGGAAGCCUGUACAUCAUUUCUGGAUCUUUGUCUGUGUCCGCUGCUAAGGACCCCAGGAUACCACUGGUGAAAUGCAUGCUGGGAAUGAACAUCUUGAGUGCAGUGGGAGCUGGUGUCGGAAUUGUGAUGUUCUCCUUUUUAGUUUCAAGAACAACAUACUACACUAGGAUGGGGGCAGCCACACCAUAUAAUGGUGCUUAUCCUCCUGUUAUGACAGUUGUGUUUCUAGACGUAGCAAUAAAGAAGUCACUGAAAUGGAGGCUGUGCUUCUCCAGCAGACUUAUGCACUAUGUGGCUGCUAUUCUCCUGGCAUUCACCAUCCUGGAGUUCCUCAUCGCCGUCACCAGUGCUGGAUUUGGUUGCUCCAGCAUGUGCCGAAAUGCCUACAAUGAAAUGACAGUAGUGGUUUUUCAGAAAACUGCAGAGGCAGCCUCUCCUGCUGUCCCAGUUCCAGCCAAGGAGGAUGAGGCAUCGUGA